CGCCCCGCUGAACACCACUUCAACAGCAACGGCAUGCCUGGCGACCUGCAGGCCAUGAGCUGGCACCCGACGGCAGCGCUGAACCGACUGGCCAGCAAGCUGCGCCACGGCCUUCCAUCUAGUUCGUCGCCCGCUGGUGGAGCCGCCAGGCUGCUGCCUGCACGAAGACAACCCUUACGACGGUACUCCAAUGGCAGCCAGAGGGUGGCAACUGCGGCAUCCUCUGGCACCGAAGCGGCAACAGAGGAGGGCGGCACAGGCAGCGACAGCCGCAUCAUUGAAACGGAACUGCGGCUGGAGGCGGAGCGGUCAUACCUGUCGUAUGCCAUGUCUGUGAUUGUCGGUCGGGCGCUCCCUGACGUGCGCGACGGUCUCAAGCCAGUGCACCGCCGCAUCCUGUAUGCCAUGCAUGAGCUUGGCCUGCAACACAACAAGCCCUUCAGGAAGUGUGCGCGUGUUGUAGGCGAGGUGCUGGGCAAGUUCCACCCGCAUGGCGACACCGCGGUGUAUGAUGCGCUGGUGCGCCUGGCCCAGGACUUCUCCAUGCGCGUGCAGCUGGUGGAUGGUCAUGGAAACUUUGGCAGCCUGGACGAUGACCCGCCCGCGGCGAUGAGGUACACCGAGUGCCGGCUGCAGGCGGUGGCCAGCGCCAUGCUGCUAGCAGACCUGGAGGCAGACACCGUGGACUUCAUGCCCAACUUUGAUGCCUCCGUAGACGAGCCCUCAGUGCUGCCUGCCCGUGUGCCCAACCUGUUGAUCAAUGGCACGAGCGGCAUCGCGGUUGGCAUUGCCACCAAGAUUCCGCCACACAACAUGCGUGAGGUGGUUGAAGGGCUCAAGGCGCUGAUCCACAACCCAGACAUCACUGUGCGCCAGCUGAUGCGGCACAUCCCCGCCCCAGACUUUCCAACAGGCGCGCUGGCUGCCAGGGGCGAGAUUAUUCUUACAGAUGCAGUGCGGCAGGCGUACGAAGAGGGCAAGGGUGGCAUCCUGAUGCGGGCCAAGAUACACAUAGAGGAUGGCAGCAGCAGCGGCAGCGGCAAGCCCCUCGUGGUCAUCACAGAGCUACCAUACCAAACAAACAAGUCGGCCCUGGUGGAGCAGAUUGCACGUCUGGUGGACGCUGGCACCCUGACCGGGGUGAGCGACAUCCGGGAUGAGUCGGACCGGGAUGGCGUGCGGGUGGUGGUGGAGGUCAAGAGAGGGGGUAACGCGGACCUGGUUCUCAAUCAGCUGCUGAAGCACACGGCAGUGCAGUCGCGCUUCAGUGCCAAUAUGGUGGCCUUGGUGGGUGCAACACCGCUGACCCUUACUCUGAAAAACUUCCUGCAGCAUUUCCUCAGCUUCAGGUGUGAGGUUGUGGAGCGGCGGGCGCGGCACGAUUUGUUGCGAGCACAGCAGCGGCUGCACCUUGUGGACGGCUUUGUCACCGCCAUGCGUGACUUGGAUGCAGUUGUGCAUGCCAUCCGGCAGGCAUCCGACGGCGCUGCGGCCUUGGUGGUGCUUCGAGCUUCUCCAUUUGGGUUGAGCCGAGAGCAGGCAGAGGGCGUGCUGGGUAUGACACUGCGGCGUCUGACCUCAUUGGAGGCCAGCAAGCUGCAGGAGGAGCAGGCACAGCUGCAGGCCAAGAUUGCGGACCUGCAAGACUUGCUGCAGCGGCAGGACCGCAUUCUGCAGGUGGUGACGAGCGAGGCAGAGGAGCUGGCUGCCAAGUUUGGCACGCCACGCCGCACGCACAUCAUCACUGAUGGUGAGGUGGAGCUGCGACAUGAGGAUGUGAUCCCCAAUGCUCCCAGUCUAGUGGUCUACAGCCGGCGCGGCUACAUCAAGCGCGUGCGCCCAGACACCUUUGGAGCGCAGAAGCGGGGGGGCGUGGGCAAGGCGGGCGCACGGCUCAAGGAAGAUGACAGCCUAGAUGAGGUUGUGUAUGUAAACGACCACGAUCAUCUUCUAUUUUUCACCACCGAAGGCCGCGCCUACUCGCUGCGGGCAUAUGACGUGCCUGAGGGCACCCGUACCGCUGUUGGUUCCGCUGUGACGCAGGUGCUACCAUUUGACAAGAGCACCCGCAUCGCGGCCAUGGUGCCCGUGUCCGGCUUUGGUGCAGCGCUGGGGUCUGCGGAGCAGGAUGUCGUGAUGCUGACGCGCAAGGGCCAGAUAAAGCGUACAGCGCUGAAGCAGUUUACCUCCAUCAACCGCAGCGGCCUGGUAGCCAUGGGUGUCCGGGAGGGCGACAGCCUUCAGUUCGUGGGCCUUUGUUCCCCCACCGACUCUGUGUUGAUUGCCGCCUCCAACGGAUCCGCGCAGCACUUUGCCAUCACCAAGCUGCGGCGCAUGGGACGCGCGGCUGUUGGCAACAAGUCCAUGACUCUGUCGAAGGGCACCGACAUUGUGGCCAUGGCGAUUCUGCCUGCGGGCAUUGUGGCAGAAGGACCUAAUGACGAAGACUACUUGAGCAUAGAGGGAUCGCAUGAUAUGGACUAUAGCGAGGGAAAGGCUGCGGAGACGCCUGCUGAGAGCAGUAGCAAUGAGGAGCAGUCAGCGGGGCCGUACCUGCUGCUGGUUACACAGCAGGGCCUGGGCAAGCGCACCUGCAUCUCUGAAUUUCGGCUCCGUGCACGCACCGGCAGUGGCAUCCAAGCCUUGCGACUUAACCUGGGGGACCGGCUGGCAGCGGUCCAGGAUGAGAGCAGCGCUACCAAAACCAGCAGCAGCGGUCGCAAGCCUGAAGCCGGGGCAGAUGUGGUGCUGUCCACGCAGCAGGGACAGCUUGUGAGGGUGCCCGUGGCAGAUGUGAACAUCCACUCCCGCUUCGCAAAGGGCCACCGGUUGGUCAAGGUGCGGCAGGGUGAUGAGGUGGUGGCCGCAACCGUUCUCAGUAAGUGAUCUCUGUUGGCGUCUGCGGCACAAUCUGUAAC